AUGUGGACUGUCCUGAGCCAUUUGUUCCUCCUUUGGGCUACCGCAGUAGCCUCGGGAUCCACUGCGGACUUUAUCAGCAGCAUGGCCAAGGAGUCUUCGCUGGCGAUGCUAAUCAUCCGCUAUGACUACUGUCCAGACGCCUGGCUAGCUGAACUACUCGCGUCGCUCUCCCUCCCAGUGGUGCUGCUGGCCAGCAGUGCUCAGGCUCCGCGCGAGGAGUUUUCCAGUGCACUGCACGUUAUGUGCCUGCCCGGGGCUGGUGAAGGGCAUGUGGAGGAACUAGUGCAAGCUCUUGCCACUUCGCUGGAUGACAGACGCAGCGAGAAGUGUUUAAUAUAUCUGGCCAAUAGAUUUCCCCAUCUCGAUGCAAUAAACCAAGUGCUGCGACGCUGUUACGAGCUGAAAAUGCUCAACGUGGUUGGACUAAGGGCGGCCGAUGAGCAGCGCUUCUACUACCGCUACCAUCCCUAUCCCGGGUUCAGGAUAGAGCAGCGUUCGUUGCAGUCGUCGCCCAUCUUCGACCUGCUCUUUCCCAACAUGCGGGGUGAGCCGCUGAUUGUAAUGCCCGACCAAUGGCACCCACGUUCCGUUGUCUAUGUGGACAGACAUACGGGAAAAAAGGUUCUCGCUGGAUCUGUUGGACGAUUUGUCCGCAACCUGGUCUGGAAACUGAAUGCUACCAUGCAGUACGCCCAGGCUGUUACCCCGGGUCGCUUUCUUCACGCGAAUGCCUUGCAAGAUCUUGUAAAGAUCGAUGUGCCGGCCAGUAUUUCCUUGAUAACCCAGGCGGAACAAUUGCCUCACAUUAGUUAUCCCUUUGAGUUGACCCACGUGUGCCUGAUGAUUCCCGUGGCAAAUGAGAUUCCUGUGCGCGACAUCUACCGUCUCCUGAGCAGCGCUGAGCUGAGCAUUGCUGUUGCCAUUGUUUACGCCUAUGGCCUGGUGCUCACCUGCCAAAGGCGCCUGGAGGACCGGGAAGUGUACAUUGUGGACUUCCUGCUUAACGACAGAGCUCUGCGUGGAGUCCUUGGACAGUCCUUCAAGAUAACUAGUCAAGAGAACGGCUCCUCCAGCAAGUGGAUCUACGUCAUGCUUGGCAUUGUUGGCCUGAACAUCAGCUGCAUCUUCGAAGCGGCCCUAGAAACGAUGCUGGCCCACCCACCGAGGCAAUUCCAGCCACGCAGCAUCGCUGAUGUCAGACGUGCCCGUCUGCCCCUUGUCGCCGUUGAAGAAGAUCUAGAUUCUAUCGCCGAUCUCCAUCUUCCCGUUCUGACCGUCAAUGCCAGUGAGUACAACCGGCUGCGAGAUGACGCGAAUACCAGCUACGUCUACCUCGCCUCGCGGCUCCACUGGACCCUAUUCGAGAACCAGCAAAAGUACUUUUCGCGAGAGCUUUUCAUCUACUCCAAGGACGCCUGCCUGAUGUCGCUGGCACUGCUCACCUUUGAGCUGCCCAAGAACUCCUGGUUUGAGGCGCCCAUCAGCAAACUCAUUCUGGAGGCGAGGGCCAACGGCCUCUAUCAGUAUUGGGUGGGGAUGCACCACUACGACAUGUCUAUCGCCGGUGUCGCCAGCUUGCGGGAUCUCAGCCUGGAUCACAUUCAUCGGGAGGCUCAUCAAACUGGCACUGCCUUGCGGCUAAUUGAUCUGCAAUGGAUUUGGCUAGCAUAUGGACUUCUGACUGUGAUGGCCGUGCUUCUAUUCAUCCUCGAGAUCGGUUGCCAGCGUACUGCACCAAAACAAAAGUGCCCACAAAUCGAUUCUUAAAGUUGUGUUCGGAAUUAGUUUAUUGUUGAAUGGUCGCAAGGAAGGUGUGGACAAGUUGGAAGUGACAUUGAAUUGAUCUAUGGGGUUUGGGUGCAGUGGAUUAAUAUUAAUAGAUUGGAGUGGAACACAGGUGAUUGCAUCCGAUUCCGUUCGUUCGUCUAGGCCACAUUGGUGUGCUCGUCACGGUGGAAGAUCUUCACGUCGAAGAACUUGAAGUUGUGCACAUCGAAGUAGUAAUCGUGCUUCACUGGGCGAUUGAAGGGGAAACCGAAGGGCAACGCAUCCACAUAGCGGGAUCCGUGACCAAUGCCGCAGCUGAUGAUUGGAUCGUAGCCGGUGUACUGGGCCACGGCAGUCUCAUGGAAGGGAUAGACCAUGUAGAAGAACUGGUAGACCUGGCCGCCCUUCUUGCCCUUUGGCAGCAUCAUACGGUUGGGGACACCGCAGUGGGCCUCAGACUGAUCCAACUUGAACUUGUAAUCGCUGACGGAGGCAUCCAUCAGCUUUUGGUACAGCUCCAGGUAGGUGGUGCGAUCGUUGACCCAGAUGAAGAAGUCGCCGCUGUUGCGCUUGAUGUGAGUGACGCCGGCAUCCAGAUGGACCUUGAAGUGGUCCAGCUCGAAGAAGUUCUGGUAGUUGUGCUCGAGUGGGAUGACGUGUCCGUGCUCGUCGUAUUUGGGUCCAAUGAAAACCUUCACAAUGGCAUCCUGGGCCUUGUCGGCGCUGACGUCCAGGGUGAAUUCGAAGGGCUUGUGGUUCAGGCGAUGCUGGCGCGCCUUGAUCACGUAGCUCACACCGUUGUAGUGUGAGUUGCGUCCGAAGGAAUACAGGCUAUCGUGGC